AUGGACGAGUACAUAAUCGUCGGAAUUGACUUUGGCACCACAUACUCUGGGGUGGCAUGGGCAUACUCCAAAGAGCCCGAGGAGAUCGAGGUAGUAACUACGUGGAAUUCCGACCUUAAUCAUUGUUCAGACCUCGAGAAAACCCCGACCCAUCUUUAUUUCGGUAAAGGUCGUGACAAUAUCAAAUGGGGGUAUGCCGUUCCUGAAAACGAUGAAGUCCUUGAAUGGUUCAAGUUGCUGCUGCUCAAAGAGCAGGAUCUUCCCUCGGACUUGCGCCACUCGCCAAAAGUACUGGAAGCCCGUCGCCUCCAGGAAGCAUCUCACAGAGAUGUUGUUGAUCUCGUGGCAUGUUUCCUCACCCAGCUGUGGAAGCAUGCCCUGCAGUCCAUCGAGGAAGCAAAUGGCAAAAACUUGGUAGAAAAAUGCCGUUUCUAUGUCGUUAUGACGCUGCCAGCUAUAUGGCCUCACUAUGCUCAGGAAAGUAUGAGGCAAGCGGCUCAAAAAGCUGGAAUUUUAAGCAAGAGAUGUGCUGGUGAGACGGUUCUGAGUUUCGUCUCAGAGCCCGAAGCGGCAGCAUUGGCAACAAUCAAGGAUCAUUCCAAGAAAUCAACUAUCAAGGAUCUCAUUAGUUAUCGAGUGGAAAGAAAAGAACCAUUCGUCUUGAAAGAGUGCGUCAAAGGGGAAGGUGGCUUAUGCGGUGGGAUAUUCCUAGACGAACAGUUCAAAAAGCUUAUAAUUUCAAAAACCUCUAACUGGCUUGACACUGUCGACAAGAGACAGCUCAAGAAGUUUCUCAACGAUAAUUGGGAGCAUGGUAUCAAACCACAGUUCCGAGGUCAGAAUCGCUCGUGGGGCGUUGAACUUCCCAACUCGGUGGUUGCAAAGAGAAAAGGCAAAAAACGAACUUCAACAUUGGAGAUUAUGACUUCCGAACUAAUCGACGUAUUUGACCCAAUUGUUGCCAAGGUCAAGUCUCUUGUCCUUCAUCAAUCAAUGGCCAUCAUGGGAAAGUAUGGGGAAAAACAAAAGUUCAUUAUCCUUGUUGGCGGGUUUGGACGGAGCCCAUACUUAUUUGAGCAACUCAAGUUGUUAGUUGGUGAGGACACAACGGUCCUUCAAUCUCGAGGUUCUAAACCCUGGGCUGCAAUAUGCCGCGGAGCGGUGGCUCACGGAAUCACAGCUUUGGGUUUGUCUGGAUGCUGCGAUGUAAAGGUUGACACCAGGGUGGCUCGAAUGAGUUACGGCGUUGAGAUCUCGGAACCUUUCAACCACGAAAUUCACUCCUACAAAGACUGGUUCAUUGAUCCCUGUACAUUGGAGCAGGAGGCAGCGAACCAAAUGCAGUGGUUCAUACGACAGGGCCUUGACUUAUCCGCCACCACAUCGGUACGCCACCAGUUCCGUUACACAUUCAACGGCGCCAUUGGACCAAUUUCUGAGGAGUUUGUCGUUUCAUCUUCCUCGAAGCCACCUUCGAGAAGAGAUCAAUCAGUAUCUGUAUUGUGCAAGGUCAACUGGGAAAAGACGAUAAAACGGCGUUUGUUACCGAUUGGAGUCAACAAUCGAGGUGAGGCCUAUCGCAUCCUCGAAUAUGAGAUAGAGAUGACUUGCAACGGUACCACUGUUGAUUUUACGGUGUACUAUGAUGGAGAGCGGGUUGCACAGCAUGUUGUUCAGGUGGAAUACGUCUGA